CCAGGUGCCCGAGAUCUGGACCAAGGGCGGCGUCGGCUACCCCAGCCUGAAGCCCCUGUUCUCGUGGUUCGAGGACAUGAUCCUCCGCGUGGACUUCUUCAGGGAGUGGAUCGACAACGGGGUGCCGGACGCUUACUGGAUCUCCGCCUUCUACUUCCCGCAGGGCUUCCUGACCUCCGUGCUGCAGGGGUACUCGAGGAGCAAGACGAUCCCGGUGGACCAGCUCUCCUUCGAGUUCAACAUGGAGGACACCGACGAUGCCGGCGAGCUCGAGGGGGCCCCGGACGCCGGCAUCUAUGUCCACGGCCUGUUCAUGGACGGCGCGGCCUGGGACUUCGAUGAGAUGGUCAUGGCCGACCAGGAGUUCGGCGUCAUGUAUGUCCGCGCCCCGGUGAUCAACUUCAUCCCCUAUCAGGACAAGCAGCGGAACGACGAGAAGUUCCUGAUGCCGAUCUACAAGACGUCGGUCCGCGCGGGGACGCUGUCCACCACGGGCCACUCGACCAACUUCGUGCUGUCGAUCGAGG